AAUACCCUUCGGCGUAGACAGACUAAUCCAACCUCUUUGGACGUUACAAAAUUUGAAAAAGAAAAGCGUCUAUGAUCUUCGUUAAUAAAAUAUUAAAUUUGAAAAAGGAACGCGUCUAUGAUCUUCGUUAAAAAAAAUAUUCGCGAUAUAUGUGACCGUAUUUCCGCAAACUCGACAGUAACCGGUAAGCCCUAAUGAGCUCCGGUUCUUCACAGUUAAUCGGGAAAUUCUCUAGUAAAAAAAGUUUUUAUAACGAGUUUCCAACCAUUGUACGGGAUGCUAUUGUGCUGAACUCUCGUCUCGGCCCUCGUACCGGGAAAAUGCUUCGUUCUGAGAUGAUGGUUUUCAGUGCUGGAGUGUAUUUUUAAUCGGUUUUGUUGGUAUUUAUUAUUGUGAUCGGACAUGGUGGUGAAUGCUACCGCGUGUCAGCUUUCGUCGUUUUUUAUUGGUAUAGCCGAAAUAUGUUUUAUGUCGGCUCCGAUUGGUCAGUGCGGGUACUGCUGCCCGCACGAUGAUACCCAAGAUAUACAGUAUAAGUUAUUUACUAGGUCAAAUCCCACAACAUUUCAAAUAAUCCCACCGAAUGACGUGAACGCUCUACGGAGGACAUCGUUCGACUUCUCGAAUCCCACGGUGAUAUAUCUGAUGGGAUUCUCCGAGUCUGUAAGUGGAGUCGGUACCACUACUGUCAGGGAUGCACACUUAGCGGCAAGGAACUACAAUUUUAUAGCAGUUGACUGGUCGCGACUUAUUGUAUUCCCAUGGUACAUCUCAGCAGUCCGAAACACCCGGUAUAUGGGGAGAAAACUAGCCGACUUUAUUCAAUUCCUGGACUCAGUAGGUGUUCCAGCCUCAUCUAUCCAUGUGGUUGGGUUCUCCCUUGGCGCUGAAGCCGCAGGGUUUGGGGGCAAGAACUUGCGGUCUCGAGGGUUGCUACUGGGCAGGAUUACCGGGUUAGACCCAGCCUACCCCGGCUAUAGCCUGUCCAACAAUGACGGCCAUCUUGCCAAAGGAGACGCGGCCUUUGUGGACGUCUUACACACGAACCCGGGAGUAUUCGGGUUUCUACGGCCUAUCGGAGACGUGGACUUUUAUGCUAAUCCCGGCGACUGGAUCCAACCGGGCUGCUGGGUGGAUGAGCUCAUCAGGAACCGGGAGUUUCGGUUUGUUUAUGGUUGCAGUCAUGUCCGUGCUUGGCGUCUGUAUUCCGAGUCUUUGAGCAACCCUCGAGGGUUUCCAGCCACACUGUGUCGAGACUGGACAUCUGCUACAAGACCGUGCAGUUUCCAAGUGGAUGGGUACAUGGGGAUAGCUGCUGCAGCGCCAAUGUCCGGAAAAAUGUUUUUCAAAACGAAUGCGCGGCCACCUUUCGCAAGAAAUGGACCAUAGACUAUUGACUAUAAUAGGUAUUGUAUAAAUAAGUGUUACCAGUGAUGUAAAUAAAACUUCAAUUAAAUAAAGAAGUCAUUUUUA